ACGCCACGCGGUCAGAGCCGGUGAUUAUCUGUGUGCGUGUGUUUCUUCCCUCUUUGCCGUUUUCACACGUGCGUCAGGCGUGUAUCGUUCUCGGUAUGCUCGUACUGUUCAGUACUUUUUCGGCUGUUAACAAGAAAGUGUCUGACGAACAGUAAUUUCGGGAAUAAGGAAGAAAACACGAUGCCGGACAAAGUUGCACCGGCCGAGAAACAGGUCUUAAAGACCGCGAAAACCAUCAACAGUGAUAACAAAGCAGUGAAACUUAAAAAAGAACUCGGUUUAUUAGACGGUGUGGCAAUUAUCGUCGGCAUCAUCGUCGGCGCCGGAAUUUUUGUUUCGCCAAAGGGUGUAUUAGAAAAUAGCGGUAGUGUUGGCCAAGCUUUAAUCGUUUGGAUUUUUUCUGGUGUUUUGUCUCUGAUCGGUGCAUUAUGCUAUGCCGAACUAGGUACUAUGAUCCCAAAAUCUGGUGGUGAUUAUGCAUACAUUAGCGACGCUUUUGGACCGUUACCGGCGUUUCUGUACCUCUGGGUAGCAUUGUUCAUUCUUGUACCAACAGGAAACGCUAUUACAGCUUUAACAUUUGCACAAUACAUCUUACAACCAGUUUGGCACGGUUGUAUUCCUCCUUAUGCAGCAGUACGAUUACUUGCUGCUGUUAUUACGUGUUUAUUAACUGCCAUCAAUUGUUAUAAUGUGAAAUGGGCAACUAGGGUGCAAGAUAUAUUCACUGGGACCAAAAUUUUUGCCUUACUGAUCAUCAUGGUCACUGGAUUUUGGUGGCUUUGCAUGGGUCACACAGAAAAUUUUCGACAUCCCAUGGAUGGAACGAAUACACAACCUGGCUACAUUGCUUUAGCCGUUUACUCGGGCCUAUUCUCUUAUUCUGGAUGGAAUUAUCUGAAUUUUGUUACUGAGGAAUUAAAAGAUCCUUACAAAAAUCUUCCAAAAGCAAUUUGUAUAUCAUUACCAUUAGUAACUAUAAUUUAUGUUCUGGCGAAUAUUGCUUAUUUUGUGGUAUUAACACAAGAUGAAAUUCUGGCAUCGAAUGCUGUUGCUGUCACUUUCAGCGAUAAGCUGUUAGGCGUGAUGUCUUGGAUAAUGCCAGUAUUCGUGGCUUGUUCAACCUUCGGGGCGUUGAACGGAGCAAUUUUCGCAUCAUCACGAUUGUUUUUCGUAGGAGCUCGUAAUGGACAUUUGCCUGCCGCCAUUGCCCUUAUUAAUGUUCAAAACUUAACACCCACACCUUCACUUAUCUUUCUUUGCAUUAUCACCCUGGCACUUCUAAUCAUAGAGGAUGUCUAUGUGCUAAUCUAUUAUGUUAGCUUCGUUGAAGCACUAUUCACCACACUCUCGGUGUCUGGUCUCCUCUGGCUUCGUUACAAAAGUCCCAAUCGCAUACGACCGAUAAAGGUGUCAAUUUUAUUACCAAUUAUAUUUUUCAUCAUUUGUGCUUUCUUAGUAAUAUUUCCAUGCUAUGUUUCACCAUGGGAAGUUGGUGUAGGAGUGAUAAUCAUUUUAUCUGGCAUUCCAAUGUAUUUGAUCUUUAUUUAUUGGGAAAAGAAACCUAAGUGGCUUAUACAAUCGUCUCAUAAUUUCAAUAUGAUUUGUGCUAAAUUAUUCAUGUGCGUGCAAGAAGAAAGAAGUGAUUGAUCAUCAAUGUCCUUUUAUUAUAAUAUAUAAUUUCAUAGAUAGAAAUUUCUACAAUAUGAAUGUGUGCUGCAAUGACUUAUCAAUUUGUUCAUUUAUAAAUUUUAGAAGCGACAAUAAUAAUAAUGUAUAAAAAAGAGUAAAACAUAUAUAAAAAACAAGUAAUCAUCUAAUUUCAUAUGAAAAUAAACAUAACAUUCCAAUAAAAUCUAUAUUGUUAUUUUAUAAAAUUUAUAAAUGAACUUUAACCAUACUUGAUUUAUAUUUUUACACAUAUGGAUGAUAUGUCUGUAAUUUUGAUUAGCUAUGUCAA